UUUUCCAAUAUUUACCUACCACUUAUUUGUUUUAUUUGUACUUUGUUCACGCACUUUGCCAGAGAAAUUUUAAUAAAAAUGUUUUAAUUUUUAUUUUAUAAACUUAUUAAUUAAUUAUUUACACUUCAAUGCAAUGAAUUUCCGCAAUGCAAAAGCCCGCCAGCCGGAAAUCGUACGUUCCGUACAGAAAGAUGCCCGUUAUACAAAUGAAUUAGCCGAAGAUUUAUCCGAUUUAUUAAGGCUUACCGGAGCUAGAAAUUGGAUAAAGUAUAAUCAAAUGUGUAAACUUAUAGCUGAAAUAUGCUAUCAUGGUUUUGCUUCCGUUAAUAGUUUACAAACACUGGGAGAAGAGUAUACGGGCAUAAUACAAGUGGAUUCCCAAUAUAAACACAUUCCCUCAAGACUGCUUCAACUAACUGCUAUUAUACUAGAAUUCGGUGGCGAUGCCUUAUAUUUGAAAAUACUACAAAAACUUGAAAAAUAUAUAGACGAUCAUGAGGAAAUUGUACCUGAGGCCAAAAAGAAACUAAAAUCCAUCAUCUACUUUAUGCGUUGCUCACCCACCUACCUAAAGGCUUUACACAAAUCAUUAUUCUAUUUACGUUCCGAUAAAUAUCAACUAUCCAAACGUACUACAGGCAUUAAUUAUGUCCUAAUUAGGCAUUGGCUACAACCGGAAUUUUCCCUAUACGGUUAUAAAAUCUUGGGCGUUGUUACAUUCUUACAAGUUAGCUUUUCGCUGUUAAUAGCUGCCUUCGAUACAUGGAAGGAGCACAAAAGAAAACGUUAUGAAGUGGCAAAGGCCACAAAACGUUUCGUACAAAAAGAGGAAUUUUCGAGGCAAAAAGAAACGCAACAAAAUGUCCCUCAAUGUAUAUUGUGUUUGGAGCCACGUAUGAAUACGAGUCUGACACCUUGUGGUCAUUUGUUUUGUUGGAAUUGUAUUUUGGAUUGGUUGGAUGAACGUGAUGAAUGUCCUUUGUGUCGAGAAUCCUUGAAAAAAUCUCAAGUUGUGCAGUUGCAAAAUUAUAUAUAAAGUGUUGGGGUGUAACAGGUUAUUCUCACAUUUCAGGUUUGGGUUAAUAGUAUUUUUUUGUAAUUUGAUUUAAGAAAUUUAUUUAUAUUUAGUUUAAUGUUUAAUAAAAAUAUAUAACAUUUUAAUAAAGAACAAUUAUUAUAAUUAAC